AUGGUUGUCAAUCACCGCCUCACGGCCGAGUCGCUCGUUGAACUGCCCAAGAGAAGUCCCGCGGUGCCAAACCAUGACGGCGAAUACGGCCUGUACACGGUCUCGACUCACAAGAUUGGCGCCGGCACCACCAAGGAGGUCCGCGUGAUGCGCUUUGCGGAUAACCAAUCUGUCCAGCUGACGGACGACGCCAGCGUUCACGACGCUCGUUGGAUUCCGCGCACCAACGACAUCGUCUACCUCAAGUCGACAGAUCUUGGAUGGACCGAAGUGCACUACACUCGAAGCUUUGGCAAAAAUCAUUUCAAGAUUGGUGAAUUCGAUGCAGCUUUGACAAGCCUCAAACUGAAAGCGCUAGAUGAUGGGACAGUGGUGUUCAUGGUGGCAGGGCUGUCUGACAGCGACGGGAUGCUGUUCAACGAAAAGACGGAAAAGAAGUCCGAUUCUGGCCGGCUUUUUAAAACAUGCAGCGUGCGAGUCUGGAACGAGCUCUACCGUGAGCAGCGCUACAGUCUGUGGUACAAUGUGCUGCGACGGACGGACGGCCGAAAGUGGGAGCUUCCGGCUCUUCUGCACAACCUCGUCCUCGAAGACACCAUCGAGGCGCCGUAUGGCAUGUACUUUUCCGUGACCACGCCGGCCGUGGACAACUUUGACAUUGCGAGCUGCGGCGUGGCUUUUAUCGGUCGCAACUUGUCCAAAAAGUCGCCGCUGCAGAGCGAGAACUCGUAUCCUUACUUUGUCGCCAUUGAUUCUUACACCCUGCCGCCUGCACAAAAGCCCGCUCUAAUAUCAGUGCCGCCAAGUCUGGAGGGGCAGGCUACGUGCAUCCGACUCUCCCCCGAUGGCUCGACGAUUGGCUUUCUCUUUGCCAGGGAAGGCGGCGAUCUUGAAGACCGGCAUCUUUACCUGUCAUCCACCAGUACGCUCAAGUCGUUUAACUUUUUCCAGAUUGUGAGCCGCAUCGUGCCAGACGAUGACUAUAACCCUCCAACUAGAUUUGACUUUGCUGGCGAUUCCUUUUCUUGCAUCUUUAUGAGCGAGUACUGCGGCCGAGCGGUCAUUUCCUACCUAAAACUGGGCGAGCACAGGAAACCUGUAACCAUAUUUGAUCAAGGGACCGCGGCAGAUUAUUACCCCGUCUUGGAGAGCGACUGGAGCAGGCUGCUCGUUUCCAGCAGCAGCUUCAUUGACAGCAGCAUUUGGCAAGUCGUUGACGUGGACGAGCAAAAGAUUGUCCGGACCAUUUCCUCGGCGACGCGAAAUGUGCGGCCGGCCGACUUUGACGACAGCAAGACGUACCCUUGGAUAUUGGCACCGCAUGGUGGCCCCGAAGGCGCCUGGAUGGAUGCAUGGCAGCCACGCGCCCACGCAGCGGCCUGGGCCGAGCAAGGCUAUGUGAUGAUACUGCCAAACAUCACCGGCAGCACUGGGUUCGGUACCAAAUUCCGGGACAACGUUCGCGGAUCCUGGGGAGGUCGGCCCGUGCAAGAUCUCAUUCAGCUAAUAAAACACCUGGAGACUGUGCCGUAUCUCGACCAAGACAAGGCCAUAAUAACAGGAGCUAGCUAUGGCGCCUACAUGAUUAGCUGCCUAUGCAGCCAUCAAGUCAUCACAAAGUUUUGCGGUGCCAUCUGGCACGACGGAAUUUACAGCUUGCCUACCUGGCUGCUGCAGACGGACCAGAUUGUCAACGACGGCAGCUUUGGCGAAAGCACAUUUCCUUGGAUUCAGCCCGAGAACCUCGAGCAGUUCAACCCGGCACGGCCAGAUCGGCAAGUUCACUUCCGUAACGCGCCGCCGAUGCUCAUCACAAACGGCGACAAGGACUACCGGUCGCCCACGACAGAGGCGCUGGCCCUGUUCAGGACGCUGCAGGCGCAGGGUGUGCCCAGCGCGCUCCUUACGUUUCCGGACGAGGGACACUGGAUCUCGGGCCGGGACGAAAAUACGCUGCGAUGGUACCGCACGUGCUUUGAGUGGGCGAACAGUUGUGUUUCUGGCAAGAUUAAGCGUGGCGAUGUCGGCUAUUAA